AAGAUUAGCCUUAAUCAGAAUAAAAUAGAAUUUGGAGAAGUCCUAUACUAUUUUCAAUUAGAGGUCAAUAAUGAAACAAAAUCUGUGGCAAUGGCAUCAAUAUACUCGGCUCCUGAUCACUUCCUUCGAGAGGCAUCAUACAACACAAUUCUAUCUUGCACCUAUCUUGGCAAUACAUCCUUACGCAUUGUUGACAUCAAAAGCAUUGAAUCAGUCAUUGCAAUAAUCCCACACCAUGUUAGGAGAGCUUUAGAAACAGGGUAA